UGUAAGCCCCACUCCCAGCCAUGCCAAGUGGCCCUAUCUGAGCAUGGGAGUUUCAGCUGUGGCGCUUCCCUCAUUUCCGCACUCUGCGUGCGGUCUACAACCCACUGCCAAACCUGCCUCAUGAGAGUGCGCCUGGGCAAGCACAAUCUGCGCAAGCACGGUGGUCCCAAGCGGCUGCGCACUGUGGCCCGAGUCAUCCCACACCAGCGCUUCGAAGCGCGCAGCCAUCGCUGCGACAUGUUGCUACGUCUGACACGGCCCGCGUGCCUCUCCCUGCAUGUGCGCCCCAUGGCGUCGCUGCCCACACGUUGCCCUCAACGGGGUGAGGCCUGCGUGGUGUCCGGCAAGGGCAUGGUGUCUGAUGACAAGCCUGGGACCAAAGGGAGCACAGAGUCACAAGGUGGAUACCCAGACACCCUGCAUUACGCCAACAUCAGUGUUACCCCAGCCACAUCUUGUAACAAGGACUACCCAGGCAACCUGAUGGCCUCUAUGGUGUGUGUGUGUGGGGGGGUACAGGGCGGAGGCCCGGACUCCUGUGAGGGUGACUCUGGGGGACCCCUGGUCUGUGGCAGAGUCUUGCAGGGCAAUGUGUCCUGGGGUGAUGUCCCCUGUGACACUACUACCAAGCCUGGUGUCUAUACCAAAGUCUGUAGCUACUUGGAGUGGAUUAAGGAAAGCAUGAAGAGGAUCUGA